CCACUGCGCAUGACGAAUAUUCCCAUGUUAUGUACAGUAUGCACUGAAGCAUGCAAAUUUCCCUCAAAACUUCAAGGAUUACAAGACUGUGUUGAUCAUUCACUUGCAUAUACUUAAUUUAUAAUCUCUUUUGUGUUGAUUACGAGUCGAACUUUUACAUGACAUUGAGGAUUUACUGAUUUAUAAGAUGGUUCAAUGUGCAGCGUUUGGCUGGAAUGCUCGUUCUGAAAAGCAAACGGAGAAGAAAGGAUUCUUCGGCUUCUCAAAGGACGAAAGUAUUAAGCGGAAAUGGAUUCUAGCCGUGAAUUCACGAAGGAUUAUCGACGGAAAGGUGGUGGACUUUACGCCAAGCAAAUAUGCAAAACUCUGCAUAAAACAUUUUGAGGAUAAGUGCUUUGUCCACCCCCCGAGUGUGAUGGCGAGUGCGGGCUUUGGGAUGAGACUGUCGCUGCAUCCUGAUGCAGUGCCAACUUUGUUCCCUGACACGGACAACUUCAAGGCAUUACAGCCGAAAGCCCUAAGCUCUAAGGCGCACAAGGAAUUACUGUUGGUCAUCGGAAGCAAGCGUCUUUUCUCUGACAUUCGCAUGCUGUCACCAGCUGAACAGACCUCGAUGCUGGAGGCUCAACACAAGGUGGUCUGCCAAUUUGCGCCAAAAUUUGUCUGCUUUUCAUACGCAGCAAUGAAACAGAGAUUGCAUCUGGCAGCCCUGCAUUCCGUUUCUAAUGCGCACAGGAAACAUGCAGAGACGAAGAACGGCGAAAAGCGCUACAGGAUUUCGUAUCCAAAGUACAAGGCGGGACACCAUGUCGUGAAACCUGUCAAAGAGGCCUGCAAUUAUGAUUAUGUCACAGAGCUCAUGGUUGAAUUGCUGCAAUUAAAACAACAGUUCAAGAGCACCCGGAUUGCUGAGCAGGCAUCUUCUUCCAUUCUGUUCUCUCCACCACCAUUAGCAUCAUCUGCGAAGAAAAUUUUAAAGAAUGAAGCAGUGCAGUUGCACCGCUCUAGGUUUAAUUAAUUACAGUAAUUGGAAACAACUUGGCAUGCCAUUUGUCAUGUAUUGCUCCAGCUGGGUUUAGUGUACGUGCGUAAGGUGUCAUCCCAGAUUAGCCUGUGCCAUAUAUGUUUGUAAUUAAUUAAAAAAAUCUUCGCGCUGGAAAGAUGGGACAAAGCGUGCGCAAAAUAUCUCGUCCCAUAUUAGCCUGUGUCCCUGAUAAGACUGUGCAGACUCGACGUGAAAACAUGAUAUGCCCCAAGUUUUAUAUGACAAUGUCUACGAAUGUGCCCUUUUGACAAAUUAGAACCUAGCUGAAGCACUGAUCACGUAUUGUUUCAAAUUAACAUAGCAACUACAAUUAUUUUUUUGAAAAAUGUGAAUGUAUUAUUUUGACAAAUAUGCUGUAAUAAUAGUUUUCCCAUUGUGUGCUAUACUGUUAGUAUAAAAAUGUUAAUGUCAACACCUUUAUUUUUAAAUGUUGGGACCAUGUAGUGUUUUUUGUGUGAUAGUAUUGGUCUGUAAAAGAUGUUUUAAAAGUCAUUUUGUUAAAGGUACUUAAUUUGACUCCAUGACAAGUUGUAUUGCAACAUUGUGCUAGUAAAGCUCAUUUACUUAUUCCGUCCAGUUUCUAAAACUUGUCGUCAGGUUACAAGUUGUUCUGUUGUUGUGUCUGUGGUAAUUUAUAUUUUUAG